CCGCGUAUCGGCAGCUGGUACCCGAGCGGCAGGGCAGUGUACACCUGAAGUAUGUGGUUAAUAAGUGUGUAUUUAGAAAAAGACUACUCUGCUSAAACAUUUUAGUAUUUUUUAAUGAGUCUUGGGUCUCGAGUCGGAAUGAAAAUCAGAUGUUUUAGCUCGUGCCAACUUUGUGGAAAUAUGUGACAAAGAUGAGGACGUAAAAUGGAGCAAGCAGCUACUCUCGACAUAGAAACACUCAAGAUUACCCAGGAGCAGUUUCUUCUCACCUCUCAGUCCCUGCACCUGCAGCGACCGGGCUGCGAUGCYGCGUACCCCGUGGGUCUGUGCGGAUGGAGGAAAAGGUGCAUCUACUUCUUCCUGCUGCUGCUCCUCGUCACCAUGAUUGUCAACCUGGCCCUCACCGUCUGGAUCAUUAAGGUCAUGAAUUUUUCAGUGGAUGGGAUGGGGAAGCUCCAGCUGAACCAGGACGGCGUUAACCUGGAGGGAGUCAGUGAGUUCCAGAUGCCUCUGUACGUGAAUGAGAUCCAGUCCAGAAGAGACAGCUUGUUGGUGUUGCGGUCAGAAAAGAACGUGACGCUGAACGCCAGGAACAGUCGAGGACAUCUGACUGGUCAGCUCACAGUGGGGCCUGAAGCUGUGGAAGCUCAGUGUCGGCGGCUGGAGGUGAGAAGCGGAAACAGCGGGCGACUCUUAUUCACUGCAGACGAGGAGGAAGUCACGAUGACGACAGAGAAGUUCACCGUCACAGGUUCAGAAGGUGCUGUGUUUGGACACUCMGUGGAGACUCCUCUGAUCCGAGCGAGGACCACCGAAGACCUGAG